CGCAGCGCGCGCGCCCUCUUUGUCGCUGAGUUGUGUGGUGUGUUUUGUGUGUUGUCUAAAUAUGGCGGAUGUUCUGCGUGCGGUAAAUGUUUAUAAUAUCGACAGUGCGGGCAAAUUAGUCGAUCGGUUUAAUACGUCAACAAUAUUUGUUAUAUGUAGCUACGACCCCCAAGGCUUAAGUGUUAAAAUUGUCCCGGAGUACGAUGAGAGCCACAGCUUCGAGUUCCCCGUCAAGGCGACCACGGACACGGCCCGCAUGGGCACUCGUGGGCAGAUUGUGUCGCUGCCGGAUGAAAAUUUCUGCAUAGUGUUCAGCGCGGACUCAGACAUCCGUAAGUUCCGAGAGCUGAUCAACGGGGUGAAAGGCCGGCGCGCCAAUUCAGUAUUCUCCCAGCGAACGGAGGAGUCCUCCGCCAAUCAAUAUUUCCAGUUCUACGGCUACCUCAGCCAGCAGCAGAACAUGAUGCAGGACUUCGUGCGGACGAGCACCUACCAGAAGGCAAUCCACAGCAAUAUCAACGACUUUCACAACAAGAUAGUAUUAGACGUGGGCGCCGGCUCGGGCAUCCUGUCCUUCUUCGCGGUGCAGGCGGGCGCGCAGCUGGUGUACGCGGUGGAGGCGAGCAACAUGGCGCAGUACGCCGAGACGCUGGUGAGCGCCAACCACCUGUCGGAGAAGAUUGUGGUGAUAGCGGGCAAGAUCGAGGAGAUCGACCUGCCGCAGGAGGUGGACGUGAUCAUCUCGGAGCCAAUGGGCUACAUGCUGUACAACGAACGCAUGCUGGAGACUUACUUGCACGCGCGCAAGUGGCUGAAGCCGGGCGGCAAGAUGUUCCCGUCGCGCGGUGAUCUGCACGUGGCGCCGUUCACGGACGAGGCGCUCUAUCUGGAGCAGUUCAACAAGGCGAGCUUCUGGUACCAGACCAGCUUCCACGGCGUCGAUCUCAGUCGCAUCCGGACGGCCGCCAUGAAGGAGUACUUCCGUCAGCCCAUCGUCGACACGUUCGACAUACGGAUUUGCAUGGCUAAGUCCGUGCGCCACGUGGUGGACUUCCUCACCGCCGAAGAGACUGACUUGCACCGCAUUGAUAUUCCGCUGGAGUUCCACAUCCUGGAGACGGGCACGUGCCACGGGCUGGCCUUCUGGUUUGAUGUGGCCUUCAUCGGCUCCACGCAGCAGAUCUGGCUGUCCACGUCGCCCACGGAGCCGCUGACGCACUGGUAUCAGGUGCGCUGUCUGCUGCAGGCACCGAUCUUCGCCAAGGAGGGCCAAAUGCUCACCGGACGCGUCCUGCUCAGCGCCAACAAUCGCCAGAGCUACGAUGUGACGAUGGAGCUGAAGCUCGAGGGCACCUCUGUGGCGUCCAGCAACACGUUUGACCUCAAGAAUCCCUAUUUCCGCUACACGGGCGCCACGGCGCCGCCGCCGCCCGGCAACAACACCACCUCGCCGUCGGAGGCCUUCUGGACGCAACUGGACGCCCAGGGUGCCCGCAAUGCCGUCAAUCUGGUCAACGGCAUCUCCGUGAAUGGCCUGGGCGAGGCGUCGAUGGACAUCGGCCAGCCCAUGCUCAACACCAAUCUCAUCGGCCUGGGCAAUCAAUCCAACAUAAUACAUCCGGGAUGCAUUCCGAGCACGGGUCGAGUGCAGAAUAACAUGAACUCGGCGGGUGGCAUGGCCAACACCCUCGGGACAGGCUAUCUGCCGUCGUCCGUGUCGGCCGUUAUGAAUAUGGUGGGCGGCAGUGGCAACAACUUCCUCUCCACGUCGUCACUGCAGCAGCAGAAUCUAAUUAAUGGAGCUAUCUAUAGGCCGAAGUAGAUAAGAUGAUGAUGAUGAUGGAAGAAAGAAGAGCGGCAUGUUUUCGUCGCGCGCGCGUUGCAUUCUUCAGAUGACAAGAAGGAGGAUAAGAGAUCAUGAGAGAUAUAGAUUGAAUCACACACGCAGAACUUUCACAAUGGACUAAAGAGAGAGAAAAAGAGCAUUACUUAUCUGCAAGGGUAAUAAAAACUAUUUUUCUUCACUUGUGGAGGAAAAAAAAAACUAUCAGAAAAUAUUCAUGAUUAUUCGCUGUAAACAUGAGAGAAAAAGAAAAAGAGAGAGAAUUUUGAGAGUUGUUGAUGUAGGAAAAAUCUCUGAAGGAAACACAUUUAUAUAAUUUUAUUGAGAUACACACGCGAAUGUUGAUGGCAAAGUCGGGAAGGAGGAUGAGGAGGAAAGUGAUGAAAAAUGAGAAGAAGAAGAAGAAGAAAAAAUUGUAGAAACUUUUAGGAUUACAAUUGCAUAAAUUAUAUCUAGGCGCAUGUGUUUUUUUUUUAAAUGAAUGGAAAGUUAUCAAUUAGGGCAUGUUUAUUACAAAUUUCUCGACAUCAUAAUUGCUUUAGGAUAACACACACACACACACACUCACACAUUAAUUUCCAAACUGAUGAAAAUAUCACGCUCAAUUCAAAUUGCAUGGAGAAAAAAAGAAAAACAAGAAGGAAAUUUAAGCGUAAAAUGACGGGAAAAAUCUCUUAAUAAAACCAACAAAUGUUUUUUUCUAUUCAUUAGAUUUGAAAUGUAUUUGAAAACAAUUUAAGAAAGCAAAAAAACAUCCUUCAUUUAUCAAACAAUUUAUGUUCUUCAAGAGUCUUUUUAUGUUUAAAUUUAUGAUUGACAAAAAACAAACCAAGGAAUCAAUUGUAAAGAUGAAAAAGUGUGAGGAAAUUUGGGAAUCGAGUAGAAGAAAAAAAAAUGCACGAAACAUAAAAAGAUUUAUUAUUAUUAAAUUAUGUGGGAAAGAAAGAAAAGAGAAAAUUUACUAUGAAAAUUUAACUUAUCUUGUAGUGUAACUUUUUUUUCUCCCCCCUUUUUCACAAAGCCUUUCUCCCUUCGAAACUCCUUUAAAAAGAAGAAGAAAAAAAAUGCAAAAGGCAAAAAAACAGAGAAUAGAUGAUUUAUGAAGAAACAAAAAUUAUAUUGACAAAAAAAAAUUGAUGAAAGAGAGAAAAACAUCGUAUAAAUUUUAAAAACUAAGUAAUUUAUUGAAGAACAUUUCAAAAUAAAGACAUUCACAGAAGUGUGCAGCUCUAAACUUA